AUGGCAGCCGAUAUCGCGACGCCUUUGACUCCGAUCCCAAUGACACAGCCAGCCACGCUUCUCGAUGAAGUUGAGCUGCCCGAUUUCGAUCCAGCCAUCCACCUCGCGUUCCAACCACCUGCUCAACGCCAUACUUUCGGAGAAGUAGGACUUCCGAAGCCGCACAAUGCCCCAGAUCUCUGCUACACGGAUCCAUUUCCUCUGUUCUCCGAAGAAGGGGUGCGGAUUCUGCGACGGGAGAUGCUCAGUAAGCAAAUGCUGGACAAAUACCUCAGGUCAUGGGAUCGUGCCCCUGCCUAUAUCGCAGGCCACGAAAAGACGGCAAAAUUCAUGCUGCAGGCAUGGCAGCAUCCCGCCACUCAAGCUGCCAUCGAUAGAGCUGCUGGAUUUCCGUUGCGUCGACUCUACAAGACGGGCGACAUUGGUAUGGUCAACAUUCAAUUGGGUCCAGACGGGUUAGCGGGGGUCUAUAAGCUCACAGAAACCCCUCUGCCACCACAAUCGCCUCUGGAAUUGGAGAAGUCGGCGUACGACAACGUUCCAAUUGACUCCUGGCAUAAAGACCAGGUUCCCGUCGUAUGUGUGGUCAUGCUGAGUGACACAAGUGCCAUGCAAGGUGGUGAGACAGCUAUCAAAACCGGAGAUGGCUCAAUUAUCAAGGUCAAAAGUCCAACUAUGGGUGGAGCGGUCAUCAUGCAAGGCGGGUGCACCGAGCAUGCCGCCCUGCGAGCGACCAAUAUACCGGAGCGUAUAAGCAUGGUGACCAGCUACACAUACGCUGAUCCCAAUCUGGAUGACCGGUAUUCUUCACUUCGGAGUGUCGACCCUGCAAACGAUGAUAUCGCCCUGAUGUGCAAUGAGUUUCUCAAGGAGAAGCUCACCCGUCUUCGAGGUCGCAUAGAUCUGGUUUUGGAAGGGCUAGCUGAGAAGGAGAACAUGGGAGAAAUGAUCGAGCGGGAAGAGGUUGAGCGAUGGGUGAAAGAGCAGACAGAAUUUCUGCGGCGAAGUGCGUGGGAGAUGUUUGAGAGGAUCCCAAACUUCCUGGGUAAGGAUGCGCCAGAAGAGGCUAUUCAGGAGUAUCUCAAGUAG